CUUUAUCUGAGCAAGAAGAUGUUAGAGUAACUCUAGAAUACAAAUGGAAAAUGAUAAUAAAACCAACCUAUGCUGAUCAAAAAAUUUAUUGGGGUAUUCUAGGAGUUACUCGUUAACGUCAUGGGCACAGGGCCGAGUAAAAGAGAGCUUCAGCAUUUUUUGAAAAGAUUCGGGCUCGAUAAAGAUUCCGUUUCCUCACCAGCCACAACACUAUCACAAUCAAUGAUAGAUAUACAAAGGAACGCUUACAACAAUUCUUUAACCAAAAGGCAAACACCACAAGAGUAUGUCGAUGCUCUACUAACACCAUCCUAUAAUCAACUUGCAUUGACCAAAAUUGAAGGGCCAUUUGAUAAGUUAGAAUGGCAAAAUGUUGGAAAAACGCUCUACAAACUACAGAAAUUAGGCCUAACAUCUAUUGUCAUAUCCGAUAAUCCUCACUGGAAAGCAGACAAAUCUACACCAAAUGAACUAUCCAAAAGAAUGUUGCGCGAAACCAUGGCCUUGGUUGAAGCUAUUGAGAGAUCAGGAGGACGUGCUAGGCUUAUUUACGGCUCAGCAUUGGAAAGGUGGAAUAACACAAUUGACGUUAAUCUUGACUUUAUCCUAUCAGCACUCAAUAACAAUCAAAUACCAGUGAUUGUGCCUAUAUUAACAGAAGAGGAUGGACUUCUUAAGCCUAUCUCUGCUAAUAGUGCAGUUACAGCUUUAUCGCAAAGAUUAGCUAGUCAAGCAGUGGAUCCUAAACUUAUCCCGUCGAAAAUAGUCGUCAUUAAUCAAGAAGGAGGCGUCCCCAAUCACGAGAUACCUGGCACAACGCAUAGUCUAGUGAAUGUACAGGAGGAAUUCGCUGAUAUUCAAUCGGCUUUUCAUAAGCACGUCCAUUGGAAAGAAAAUUAUCCAAACACCAUGGCCGAUUUAUCUAUGAUUCGUGAUUGUUUAGAGCACCUCCCCGUUACUUCAUCCGCCAUUAUUGCUCCUACCAGCUCUCUGCCAACUGCUCUGAUUACUAAUUUGGUCACUGAUAAACCGCUAUAUUCUUCCUCAUUGCCCAUCAGUCAUCACAGCCGCAUCAACCAAACAAAAACUACAGUACUUCGUCAUGGAAUAAAGAUAAACAAUCAUUAUGAUUUCAAGGAACUAGAUCUAAAACGAUUGACAGGACUUUUAGAAAGGAGCUUCCAAAAGAAAGUGAAUGAGGAGGCUUUUUAUGAAAGAUUGAAAAAGGUUUUGGCGGGAGCUAUUGUUGCUGGGAACUAUGAAGGAGCCGUGAUUAUGACUCGUGAAAAGGCAGCAGGAGCAGCAACAAUAGGUAUGGGAGCGAAUUACCAUGCCUAUUUGGACAAAUUUGCAAUUGCGCCAUCAAGUCAAGGUAUCGGUUUAACAGAUAUUCUAUGGAAAAAAAUGUGCGAUCAGUAUCCCGAUUUGUUAUGGAGAAGCCGGCAUGAUAAUGGGGUUAACAAAUGGUAUUUUGAAAGAUCAAGUGGAAACCUUCGUCUAAAGGGUACAAAUUGGGUUCUGUUUUGGUAUGGUCCCAAAGGAUAUAAAAACAUUGAAGAAUACGCAAGCAUAGCCUCUUCUAUUCCCCCUUCUUUUUAUUAACCUGCUAUUACAGAAUCGUCAAUAUGUAUAAUAAAUCAUUCCAGAAAACAUAUAGUAUGAUUUUGGUUGUGUAUCAGGAAUAUGCAUAGGCUUGCUGUGUAGCUUGAAACCCUUUUAGGGCCACACAUAUGGGUGGACCAUAUGGUGUUUCGCCUUUGAUUUUAGGAAACAAAAGUUCUCCACGCUGCAUUCCAAUUCAGCAAAAAGUAAGCUUAUUUCAGCUGCUUACUUCAGCUUUUUUCAUUUUGAUCGCACAAUCUCGCCAUGGAAACAAACAGAUUUGCCCACCAAUUCUGACACCGGGAGCACUGAUCAUGC